AUGCGACCGACCGGGAACAAUUUGAAUAGCUAAACUAAAAUCAUCUACUACAUGUUCUUAAUAAGUGAAUAGUGCACCGCUAUGCGAAACUAGCUCUUAGUCAUCAAAGGAAUAUUCAGCUACUAUCCGAUAUUAUCGGGUAAACGAAAGACACUGGAUAAACACAAAAACAUGUAGGAUAAAGUGCGUAUCAAAAUGAAAUGAUUCAAGUUAAAAACAAAACAAAUGUUUAAACUUUCGCGAAAACAUUCCACAACACUUUUUAAGCAAUUUCGCAGUGAAGUUGGAACGAAUGUCGAAUAUGAAAUACAAUACAUCAUCAAUGGAAACGCCUAUCGGUAGAGAACAUUCGCAAGAUUCACCGGUGCCGUGGAACCGUGUACCGUUUUCAGAUAAGGAUUUUGUGUAUACCUCGCUGUACGUGCAGCCAUCGCGACAGCACACUUACCGGCAAUGUGACUGGAAUUAGUUGAUGGAGCUAAGUAGGAUUCGAAAUUCAGCAAAUCGAUUUGUGAUCGGUGGCGGUCAAAUACGCCUUGGAGUGUGUGGCCCCUUCGGAAGGGAAAGCAGCCGAAUGUGUCUCGUGCACGUUUGGCAAAGAAGAAAGUGCACGUAGGUUGCUGUUUAAAAUUUUCAUGACCGAUACGCCCGGCUGGACGAAUGUUUGCCAUGCCAACGGGAGUGACCGACAUGGCUCAGUUUAGUUGACGCGGUUCUAAGCUUCGCAGCGCACCUGGCCGCACCAUCUGCGAGGAAGUUGCAAUUAAUGCUAAAUUGGCAUCAAGUGAUUGGUUUAGUGAAUAGCAUACAAACAGUGAAGUGUUUGCACGGUGAUAGUUACCGGAAUUUGAUUUAAGAAAAUGCUAGACUAAAAUUUCUAGUCAAAAGUUGUGUGUUUUAAUUGAAAAUAUAUAAAACAACACUUUAAUACAAAAAUGACUGUAAAGAAUCUUACAACUUUGCAAAGAAGACUGAUUAUUUUAAUAGCAUCUGUUCUGCUGGCAGGUGUUACUAAUGCCAUCCCUGUAAUAAGCCGCGAGUCACUCCACAGUGUCACGAUCGGCUCAUGCACGUGGGUGAUGAAUCGUCCAUGCCCUGAUGAGGACGUAAAGUUUUAUCUCUAUACCCGGUCCAACCCGCAGGACCGCCAGUACGUACAUAUCGACGAGAGCUUGAAAAAAUCCAAUCUCAGCUCGUCGUACUUCAAUCCGUCGCUGCCGACGAAAGUAAUUAUACACGGUUAUAAUGCAGACAUGUUUUUGGCGCCACUGAUUAACAUGAAACAAGAAUACCUUCAACGCGCUAGCUACAAUUUGUUCUACGUCGAUUGGAGUCUACUGGGACCGGGUCCUUGCUAUCCAUCCGCGGUUCACAACACUAAACACGUGGGGACGUGCAUAGCACAAAUGGUACAACGGCUGCUGGAUUCAGGAACGGACAACAUCCAUCUGAUUGGUUUUUCGCUAGGCGCCCAGGUAACGAACUAUGUAGCCGUCAAACUUCGACCUUUUAAAUUGAAGAGAAUAACCGGACUGGAUCCUGCCAUGCCACUCUUCAUCACGGCCGAUGCAAAUGAUAAACUGGAUCCCUCGGAUGCGGACUUUGUUGACGUGAUACACACCAAUGCUAUGGUGCAAGGAAAAAUAGAGCGAUGCGGGCAUGUGGAUUUCUACAUGAAUGGAGGCAUUAUGCAGCCAGGCUGUUGGACACUAGGACAAAAUCCAGUGGCAUGCAGUCACCAUAGGGCUCCAGACUAUUUCGCAGAAUCCAUUCGUAGCCUGUCUGGAUUCUGGGGAUGGAAAUGCAAUAGUUACAUCUAUUACUUACUUGGAUUUUGUCGUCACAAAAACUACCAAGUGAUGGCAGGUGAAGAUUGUACCCCAGGAACGGAAGGAAUGUACAUUGUGACAACGAAUUCUGAUUCUCCAUUUGCCAUCGGUAGAUGGACCGAUACGGUUGGUUUACAGAAAAAGGAUCACGUGCUCAAUAAAUUUGGUUUAAAUCGAGAUCCAUUCAUAGGCGAUAUCGACCAAUGGGGUAAAUUAGACAGUAACUUCAACAACGUAGAACACUUCCCGACUCCCUAUUCCCAAGACCCUAACAACGUCAACGGUGAUGAUUGGCCAUAUUUCAACCACAUUGGAACCAACAAACUGACCAAAGAGUACAUUAAACAAAUUUUGGAACAGGACAAAAAUAGGUACGAUGAUUCGGCAGCUGUAACGCAGUAUGUCGCAAUCCCUAGUGAGCUAAGCAAUAACGUAGAUCAGAAUAAAAAUGACCUAAACGAUUUAAGAAGGCGCCUUCAACUAAAAGAAGCAAGCAUUAUGGAACAUUACUCACUUCCAAUAUUCAAUGCUAUGACGCUGCUCACGAAGGACAUACACACACCCUGGUCACAGUGGAAGGUGCGGACGUUAUUUGACGGAGUACAAACUAAAACGGGGAUUGGCGGAGGCGUUCAUGUGUUGCAGGCACUGCUUGAAGAGAUUCGCAUCGUACAUCUGGCAAAAGUCUUUAUCAUGAUUGACUUUCUGAUCACUUUGGCGUGUCAACAUUUACUACUGAAAACCAUAUUCAAUUUGAAGUGCGAUAUGGAGCAAAUGAGAAGCAUAGACCCAAGCUAUGGUGUCACAUGGAUGUUCCUGCCGGAUGAUAAAGGAAUACCACAUGUUGUAAACUUAACUACGCCCAAUGACACUUCACUGGAAAGGAACGGUAAUAACUGUGAUGACGAUGUCACGUUCUACCUCCAUAGACAACAAACCAAAAACAAUCCCAAAGCAUUUAAAUUCAUUAACGACCCAGCGGCUCCAUUCCGACUUGAUCCUUCGUACAAUCCUAGCCUGCCUACAAAAUUUGUUAUUCAUGGAUGGCGUAACUCCAUCAGCAGUCCCGUUAGUCAAGAGAUCAAGAACGCAUACCUCCAACGACAGGACAUGAACGUCUUUGUGGUGGAUUGGAGUCCGUUGGCACACGAUACGUUGUACUUCAAAUCAGCUUCCGCUACUCGGGAUGUGGGUCGGCAUGUUGGUGCGUUGAUAGAUCGAAUGGUUGCAGAACAGCGGACCAAUCUAGACUCGGUCCAUAUCAUAGGGCACAGCUUGGGAGCGCAUACAUCCGGAUUUGCCGGAAGUUAUGUCCGAUCAGGUAAAGUUUCUCGAGUAACCGGGCUCGAUCCGGCUCUGCCCGGUUUUACAGAUAACCAGCCAGACCAUUUGCUCGACCCAAGCGAUGCGCGGUUUGUUGAUAUUAUUCACACGUGUGCCGGUUUGCUGGGACACGAUAAAAACCUAGGACAUGUCGAUUUUUGGCCGAAUGGAGGACGCGCUAACCAACCUGGAUGUGGGGGUAUGAACGACUUCACAGGUGCUUGCAGUCACGGAAGAUCAUUUGAGUACUACACUGAAUCCAUUCACACACGAAAUGCCUUCAUGGCUUAUCCGUGUAAAGAUAUGAAAGAGUAUAACAGAAAUAACUGCCGCGCUGAAGGUGUCCCGAUGGGUGACGGAGUUCCGAUAGAUGCUCGAGGCACUCAUUUUUUAGAAACUAAUGCACCGCCCAAAUUUAGCAGAGAAUUAAGCUGA